ACCUGGGAUCACUGUUGUGCUUCCAACGUGGGACUCCGCGGCCGGAGCAGAGUGGGGGGAAAGAAGGAAAAGUAACUCAAGAGGACAAAACUCAUGGUGGCGGUGCACGGUCUUUUUUUACUAGGAAUGGGAAUGUUUUACUUUUGGGACUACAGUCUGCAAGUGAACUGCUGGACCUGCUGCAAGGAUUAUCCAUCGGCGCCUGGGUGCACUUUAAAGUUGGAUUUGGAUAACCGUGCUCUUUAAAGUCUUUUUUGUGUGUGUGUGCAAACACAAAUUGGCGGCCACGCAAAUAAUGUAGCGUUAUAAUAACUUGUUUUUCUUCCUGGCCAGACUGGGAAUCAUAUUUUUAUUUUAUUUAAUUUUUUUUUAAUUUAUCAGCGCGCGUCGGACACCCGGGAGGAGAAAGUUAGAAGCGUGUUCUAAAUGACUCAACUUGUGGUUUCGUUAACGAAUAGACUUCCGAGGAGCAAGACGUUGGACAUGUUUUAAAUAAAGGUGUCGUUUUUAAAACUAAUACUAAUAUUCCAAUUCCGAGGGUGAGAACUCGGCACCAUUGAAACUGGAUACAAAAUGGCGGCGUCUCCGGGACGAUUUGGAUAUACUUCUCCUUGUGUUUUUUACUUAUUUUUUUCACUCCAAAUUUUAACUAAUUUCGGAUUGAGUUCCGAGUUACAGUGUGUCCAAAACUGUACCUGCAACGGAGAUUCAGUGGACUGCAGCAAUUUACAGCUGACAGCUGCGCCUGUGGACCUGCCCGUCCGAACAGUUUCCCUAAAUCUUGGCCACAACAAGCUUACUGCCAUCGAUGUGAAAGUGUUUGCCGACCUGCCCAAUUUACGAGAGCUGCGGCUGGACCACAAUGAACUGACCUCCAUACCAGAUUUAGGACAAGCAGCCUCUAAGAUUGUAUCACUCUACCUACAUCAUAACAAAAUCAAUAGUUUUGAGGGUUUACGGACUGGAGACCUAGUUUCUUUGGAGACCUUGGACCUGAGCAAUAAUGAAAUCACUGAACUACGAGGACCCUCCUUUCCUGCAGGCCUCCAGAUUAGAGAUUUGUACCUAAGCAACAACAAGAUCAGUGCAUUAGAGCUAGGAGCACUAGACCAUCUAGGCUCUACUCUCCAAGUCCUGAGAUUGAGCCGAAACCGCAUCAGUCAAAUCCCCGUGAGGGCAUUCCAGCUCCCGAGGCUCACCCAGCUAGAGCUGAACCGGAAUCGUAUUCGUCAAGUCGAGGGUUUGACCUUUCAGGGCCUUUCGAGCUUGGAGGUGUUGAAGCUGCAAAGGAAUGGUAUCGGCAAACUGACUGAUGGUGCUUUUUGGGAUCUUGCCAAGAUGAAAGUCCUCCACCUGGACUACAACAGCCUGACAGAGGUGAACAGUGGAUCGCUGUACGGCCUGACUUCUCUUCAGCAGCUUUUUCUCAGCAACAACUUCAUAACCCGCAUCAAUCCUGAUGGCUGGAAGUUCUGCCAGAAGCUGAGGGAACUGAAUCUGUCACACAACAACCUGACUCGUCUGGAUGAAGGCAGUCUGGCUGUGCUGGGGGAUCUCCACACCCUCCGUCUGGGGCACAACUCAAUAAGCCACAUUGCCGAACGAGCUUUCAAAGGCCUCAGGGCUGUGCGCAACCUGGAGCUGGACCAUAACGACAUCUCCGGCACAAUAGAGGAUACCAACGGGGCCUUCUCUGGAUUGGAUAGCCUGAGCAAGCUAACUCUGUUUGGAAACAAGAUCAAGUCGGUGGCAGAGAAGGCCUUUGCUGGCCUAGAGACCCUGGAACACAUGAACUUGGGAGAAAAUGCCAUUCGCUCAAUUCAGCCUGAUGCUUUUAGCAAGAUGAAGAACCUCAAAACUCUUCUCAUCCAGAGCGACAGCUUCCUGUGCGACUGCCAGCUCCACUGGCUGCCUGAGUGGGUGGUGACUCGUGGUUUACAGGCUGGUGUCAAUGCCACAUGUGCCCACCCUCAAAGCCUGAAGGGUACCAGCGUUUUUCAGGCUCCAGCAAGCAGUUUUGUGUGUGAUGAUCUUCCCAAGCCUCAGAUCACAGUUCAGCCAGAAACCACCAUCACAGUUCUGGGCAGCAACGUGCGUCUUACCUGUACGGCUGCGAGCAGCAGCUCCUCGCCUAUGACCUUCGCCUGGCGCAAGGACCAGGAGCUGCUUCGCCAGGCCGAGACGGAAAACUAUGCCCACAUCCGCGCCCACCACCACGAUACGGCAUCUGAUGGGACCGGCGGAGGCGCUGGAAGCGUGAUGGAGUACACCACCAUUCUGCACCUGCGGCAUGUCACUUUCGCACACGAGGGACGUUACCAGUGCAUCAUCACCAACCACUUUGGGUCUACCUACUCCAGCAAGGCCGGCCUCAUCGUAAACGUGCUGCCAUCUUUCGUAAAGACUCCCAGGGACAGCACCAUCAGGAUGGGCCAAACCGCCAGGCUGGAGUGCGCCGCCGAGGGCCACCCGGCGCCGCAGAUUGCCUGGCAGAAAGAUGGGGGCACCGAUUUCCCCGCCGCCCGCGAGCGCCGAAUGCACGUCAUGCCGGAUGACGACGUGUUCUUCAUCACGGAAGUCAAGCCGGAAGACACGGGCGUGUACUGCUGCACUGCCAAAAACACGGCGGGAACCGUGUCCGCUAACGCCACACUCACCGUACUAGAAACCCCACACCUGGUCCAGGACUUGGAGAAUCGCAGCGUGGCCGUAGGUGACACGGUGGCUCUGCAGUGCAAAGCGCUAGGCAGCCCGCCGCCCCGCAUCACCUGGCAGCACAACGACCAGCCCCUGCGCCCCUCCGACAGACACCACUUCACCCCAGGCAACCAACUGCUGGUCAUCGACGCCGCGUCGCUGGAAGACGCUGGCCGCUACACCUGCCUCAUGUCCAACAUGCUGGGCACGGAGCGAGCUCACAGCCACCUGGUGGUGACUCUGCGCCGCAGCCCCUGUGCGCCGCCGGCCGGGCUGAGUACGGUCACGAUAGGCAUCAUUGUCAUCGCCGUAGUGACCAGUAUCGUGGUGACUUCCCUGGUGUGGGUGUGCAUCAUCUACCAGACCAGGAAAAAGAGUGAGGAUUGCAGCGUCACCAACACAGAUGAGACAAUUGUUCCCCCCGACGUGCCGAGCUACCUCUCCUCUCAGGGAACUCUGUCCGAGCGUCAGGACGUUUGUAUCCGAGUGGAGCCCGCAAGCGGACCUCAGCCCAACGGACACGUUGUAGAAUCUUCAGGUUUCGACGCUCCGGCGCUGUGCUCGGACUGCAUGGAGACCAGCGACCGCUACUCCAAAGACCUGGACUACCAGACGCACGACUUCGCCCCGGCAAAGAUCACAGAGUACCACCAGCAGGCCGCCCCCCCGCCUUACUCCCACUGCUACCCGGAAGAACACCCGCCCCCGCCGCCGCUCUGUAACGGCGUGCGAAAGGACUCUCAAGGAUUUUCCGACCACCCGGGUGGUAGAAAAGGUAAAGACGGCGGACACUUUGAGUGUGGAGACGAACGUCGUGUUGCCGACACUUUCUUCUUCACGUCCGCAGCGAGCGGUGCGGGAGGAACGUCGUCAGCGUACUCGUCAAAGGAGGAUUCUUAUCACCCGCCGGUGAAGCUGACGAGCCGCGGACACGUCGACGGCGACCCCGAACUCAGACUGACUCUUUUGUCUAACGGACACGCCCUCGGAGCGUCGCCCGGCGAGAGCGCCCCCCUGAGGAGAGCCAGUGACUAGCAGCCGGACUUUUCUUCCUUUGCACUGGGACAUAAACUGCUACCUCAAAUACGAGGCGAAACGGUACCUCCGAGAUCUUUCGGGGGGGAGGGGGCGGGGCAUCCGGAGUUUUGAAGGCGGAGCUUGUGUGGGUGGCGUCCCAUCUGAGCGUUACGUGCUGUACAUAUUUAAGCAACCUUCUGUUGGGAGGUGACCAGUAAAAAUACAAAAAAUGUGACUUGCAUUGGGAGCGUGUGAAUGUACAGUAUGUGAACGUGCAGGGACAGACUGUACAUAAGAGUAUUCUUAUAUUAUAUAUUAUAUCACUUUUACAAAACAAACAAAAAACAACAACAACAACAAAAAAAAAAGAUUAUUUGGAUUUAUGUGCAUGACAAAGAAAGGAGUGUUUAUUUUUCUUCCAAAAAACAAAAAAACUGCCCUUUUCAGCUUUUUACCAACAAUCAGCUGCAGUGCUUUUGUUGCAUGUCAAAAGAAAACAACUUUGUUGAGAGUGCAAAUAAACGUUGAAGUCAUCCAGUCGGUCACUUCUGUGCACACAUGA